AUUUUAAUACUUAUUUGGACGCGAUAAGGCCAAGUAGUCGUUUGCUGAAUUUCUGUCUAAUUUUUUUAAUUUAACUUUUAAUAUUUAUUAUUAUUUUAUUCGUAACUUAGUAUAAUUAAAUUCAUAAUCAUUUUUAUAUUUAUAGUUAAAAUUUCAUAAGCGUUUGUAUACAGUUUAUUAAGCUAAAAUGGUUAUUGGAUUACAACCUUUAGAAUUUUCUGAUUGCAUCACGGAUAGUCCAUAUUUUCGCCAAAAGCUACAUGAACAUGAAGAAGUUUUGGAAAAAACAAACCGUCAAAUUAAACGCCUCAUUAAAGAACUUAAGGAAUUACUGAAUGCUGCAAAAAAUCUAUCUCGAGCUCAACGUUUAGUCUCCAGUUCGUUGCAACAAUUCGAUUUCGAAUGCAUUGGCACUACCCAAACAGAUGAUGAGUUGGUAAUUACACGGUCACUAGCUGAAUUUGGUCGUCUCAUUUCGUCCAUUGAAGACGAAAGAGAUAGAAUGUUGGCUAGAGCUUAUGACCAAUUUAUAAUCCCUCUUGAAAAUUUUAGGAAAGAACAUAUUGGUGGAGUAAAAGAGGGAAAAAAAAAAUUUGAAAAACAAACUGCAAAAUUUUGCCAAAGUCAAGAGAGACAUUUAAAUCUUUCUACAAAAAAACAAGAUUCUGUUCUCCAAGAGGCAGAUGCAACAUUAGAAAUGGAACAGAGGCAUUUUUGCCAAGCAAGUUUAGAAUAUGUUUUUUUACUUCAAGAAGUGCAAGAAAGGAAAAAAUUUGAAUUUGUUGAAACCAUGUUAGGCUUUAUGUUAAGUUGGCUGACUUUUUACCAUGAAGGACAUGAAGUUAAUGAAGACUUUAAGCCUUAUAUGCGAGAACUACAAUUUCGAAUUCAAAAAACUAGAGAUAAUUUUAACGAAACUCGAGAUAAAACUGAAUCUCUUAUGAGAAAAAUGCUUGAAAUGAGACAAUCUAAAUUCUUAGAAACUAACACUAGUAGUCAAAAAGUAACUAGAGAGGGCUACUUGUUUCUUCUAGAAAAAAAAUUACCAGGAUUUAAAAAUACUGAAAAAGCCACAAAAUGGUUACAAAAUAAAUCAUUAGGAGAUGCUUUAAGUACAACUACGUGGACCAAACAUUAUUGCAUUUACCAUAGGGAAACCAAAGAAUUUGAAAUGAUAACAUUUAAUCAACUUAAUGGAAAAUUUAACACAUCUGAAAAAAUGAUAAUUUCUUCAUGUAUUCGAAGAAUGUCAGAUUCUAUUGAUAAAAGGUUUUGUUUUGAUCUUUACAGUGAUGAUAAACCUGGAGUUAUUUAUACAUUUCAAGCAUUAUCAGAAGAAGAUCGAAAAUUAUGGAUGGAUGUCAUGGAUGGCAAAGAACCUGAAUAUGGAGUACCAUCUAUCAGUUCUUUAAAUAGUGAUAACAAUAUAUUUUUGGAUGAUGCUGGCUUUAAUUUUGUUAACAAAUGUAUUCAAGCUAUUGAAUCACGUGGCUUAGAUGAACAAGGUUUGUACAGAGUUGGUGGAGUAAGUUCUAAAAUUCAAAAACUAUUAGCAAUGGGAUUAGACCGUCGAAAAACAACAAAUUGCUUGAAUUCACUUAAUUUUCUUGAUGAUACUAUUGAAUGGGAAACCAAGACAAUUACCAGUGCUCUAAAAUUAUUUUUAAGAAAUUUGCCUGAACCACUUAUGACUUUUAAGUAUCAUAAUUCAUUUAUUUCUGCUGCUAAACAGGAGGUUAGGUUAAAAAGAAUAAAUGAUGUCCAUAUAUUACUACAUAAAAUACCUAAACCAAAUUUCAGUAUGUUGGAAGUUCUAUUAAAACAUUUGUGCAAUGUUGUAACUCACAGCGAUCAAAAUUUAAUGACCGUUAGUAAUAUUGCUGUAUGUUUUGGACCAACACUUAUGAGGCCUGAACGAGAAACUGUUGCUGCUAUAAUGGAUAUUAAAUUUUGUAAUGUAGUAGUUGAAAUUCUUAUUGAAAACUUCACAAAAUUGUUUAAAAACGAACCUGAUUUAGAAAUGGAAUAUGAACCUGUACCAGGACCACAACAACCUUCAUCAUCACAAAAACUGAAGUAUUUACCUAUUACUCCAGUAGUUACUCAUGCGAUUAUAAAAUCAUAUUAUGAUGGACCAAUGCUUAGUACAAGUUUACAAAAUGUAUCUCCAAAUAUUUCAUCUCAUAAUACACCAAUAUCUAAUCCUAAUAGAUCGAGUCUCACGUCAUCUACUUCAACUGCCAUGUCAGAAUCUAACAUACAUACACUUACUACAUAUAGUAAACCAAUAGUUCAUUCAAGUCCAAAUAAAAAUUAUUAUUAUUCUGCCGACUCUCAAAAUACAACUAAUUCUAGUUCCAGUAGUUCAAAUGAAUCAGUAUGUUCAGUGUAUUCUUUAGAAAAUCCUCCUGUACAACUUUCAAGAGCACCUCAAAAGUCCAAAAGAAGCAUUAAAAUGGGUGUGCAUUAUGCUUCAAGUUAUAGACCUCAAGACACUGUUGGCAAUCAUUUAAUGUCACUAAUUGGUGGUCGCACAAGUCCUCCAUCGCUCUUAACAUUAAGAAGAGUUCGUACUUUAUAUGCCUGUCUUGGGGAAAAUGAUGGUGAAUUGUCUUUUGAACCAAACCAAAUUAUCACAAAUGUUCGACCCUCUUGUGAACCAGGUUGGCUUGAAGGAACAUUAAAUGGCAAAACAGGGUUAGUUCCAGAAAACUAUGUUGAGCUUUUGCCAUGAAAAGACACAUUCAUACCAAAUAUAAGUUACUUUUUAUAAGUGAACAAGUUUAACAUUCAAUGCUUCAGUACAAAAAAAGUGUAUAUUUGUUUCAUUUCUUUGUUAUUUCUUUUUGUUAUUUUAUUGGGCCUACAAAUCAUUUGUUAAUGUGCGCACUAAUGAACAGAGUUACCAAAGAACAUUUAAAUAAUAUCUUAUCAAUUAUUGAUCUUUUAAUUAAUUUAUUUUAUCUUUACAAUGCAUUUGUACAUCACUAAAGUAAUAUUAAUUGAUCUCAAAUUUUUUUUUUUUUUUUUUAAGAACUAUUGGUAUUACCUAUUAAGUUAACAAUUUACUUUUUCUCGGCCCAAUAUGCUGUUUUUUUUUAUUGACAAUAUCUUUAUGAUCUUUGCAUAACUAUCUGAUUUUUCACUAUUAUUAACUAGUAAUUUUUCCCCCUUUUUUAGCCAUAUAAUCUUACCAUUAUGUUCUGAUUUUAAAUUAUAAAUUAAAUAUUUUUGUAUUGUGUGAUGUAUUUAUCACUAUUAAUCAUAGUUCAUAUAAUAAAUAUAUUUACUGUGUAAUAUAUUAUGACUGAAACGCAAAAUUUCCAUUAAUAUUAAAUAGUUUAUUUUUCUUUAUUUAAAUAUUAAUAAUAAAUGUCAAUUUAAUUUGACAUAUCUUACACAAAAUUUUUUUUUAUAUUGAUGACUGGGAAUUUGACACAACUGUUUUCAUUCCUUCUUCAAUAACACUAAGACAUGAUCUCCAACUAAAGAAUGAAUCUCUAAGCAUUUGCCAACGUUGUUUACUGAAUGUUCGAUACAUUGUACUUGAAAUAUUAACUUUUUUUGCUGCUUGAUCCAUACGACCACGCACAAGCUUAGUUCCAAAUACUAAAA